AUGGCUUUUAUUUCUUCUAUUAUUAGUUCAACUGUCCUUAUUGCCAAUCUUUCGCAGAUUUUGACAAAUGGGCCAUCUCUGCUAGGCACUUUAGAUGCUCCUACGCUCCCACAAUUUCUGACAAACAAUCCAUUACCUCAUGAUUACCCUUGGGGUCGAGCAACUGCUGGAGGAUCCAGCCCAUGGGGAGACACCCCCAACACGGGGGUCAUUAGAUCUUAUGAUUGGGAAAUAUCUCGCGGCUACCUUUCACCUGAUGGGGUCAACAGAAGCAUGAUGCUUAUCAACGGACAAUACCCUGGGCCGAUGAUUGAAGCAAAUUGGGGAGACACUAUCCAAGUGACAGUACACAAUAACCUAUUGUACCGGGAAGAAGGCACUUCUCUCCACUGGCACGGUUUGCUUCAAAAAGAGACACCUUGGUUCGAUGGCGUACCUUCCGUCUCCCAGUGCCCUAUAGCACCGAAUAGAACUUUCACCUAUUCCUUCAAGGCUGAUGUCUACGGAACAAGCUGGUAUCAUUCGCAUUACAGUGCUCAAUAUGCUGAUGGGUUAUUGGGUCCAAUGGUUAUAUACGGACCAGCACAUGCUAAGUACGACUAUGACCUAGGUCCCGUUAUUCUUAGCGACCACUUCCACACCACAUACUACGAAAUUGUCCAAAAUAUCACUGGUCAAUCGACGGUCACGCCGUCAGAUAACAAUCUCAUCAACGGAAAGAUGAACUUUGAUUGUUCUCUCGCUCUCAAUGGUGCAACUUGCUUUCCUAAUGCCGGUCUUUCGAAGUUCAAGUUCACAUCAGGAAAGACUUACCGCCUGAGACUGAUCAACGCAGGAGCCGAAGGUCUCCAAAAGUUCACCAUUGACAAUCACACCCUGACAAUUAUUGCCAACGACUUUGUCCCAAUCCGUCCGUAUGACACCAACGUUGUUACUCUUGGAGUUGGACAGCGCUCGGAUAUCCUGGUCAAAGCAAUCGGCAAUCCCAGCGAUUCCUUUUGGAUGCGGUCUGAGAUCAGCACGAACUGCAGCCAUACCAACCAGCCUACCGCGCUUGCUGCGAUCUACUAUGAGGAUGCAGAUACUUCCUUGACGCCCCAGUCUACGAGAACAUCAUAUGAAAUCAAGAAUUGCACCAAUGAUGCAAUCACUCUCACCGAGCCCCUGUUCCGCCAGAGUCCUCCCAAAGAACCAGCUUUUACCCAGGACAUCGACAUAUCAUUCGGAACAAAUGCGACGGGUGCUAUGGUAUGGAUGAUGAAUAAUCAGUCUUUCCGGGCAAAUUACGACCAUCCUCUGCUUCUUCUUGCCAAACAAGGGAAUACCUCUUAUCCAGAUGAUCCCCAAUGGAACGUGUACGACUUCAAAGAAAACAAGUCCAUCCGCCUAGUCGUUCGCACCAUCGACCCUCUCUCUCACCCGAUGCAUCUUCACGGCCAUAACUUUUGGGUGGUGGCCCAAGGCACAGGUAAAUGGGAUGGAACUGUAACGCGGCAUGAGAAUCCACAGAGACGGGAUACUCAGCUCCUUGAUGUGGGAAAUCCAUAUGAUCCCGCUGGCGGGGCGAGUUAUAUUGUCCUAGAGUUUGUUGCUGAUAAUCCCGGAGUCUGGCCUUUCCAUUGCCAUGUUGCUUGGCAUGUUAGCGAUGGGUUGUACAUCAACAUAAUUGAACGCCCUCAAGAUAUCACUCAUCGACAGAUUCCCUCGACCAUGGCUCAAACUUGCCGCGAUUGGGCAGACUACAGUGGACAUAAUGUCGUGGACCAGAUCGACUCCGGAGAAUAAACAUGCUGCGCUAUCGAGGCUGAAGCUGAUACAUGAAGACAGCUGAGGCGGAGUUGGGAAGCUAGGAUAAAUUCACAUUCCCUGUCACUUCCUGUUCCGUGCUGGAGGAUUCGUG